AAUAAUAUAUGAAAAAUGGGGAAAUCAUAGACAGGGAAAUCCGCCACGCCUCUUUAGUUAUGUGAUGAAUGUGGUAGCUUUUUUUGUCACGUUAUUUUUGUGAUCACAACCUCUUGUGCGUCUGUACAGUAGAAAGGACUUCUACGUCACAUCGGGCACGCGCACCUCGCUGAACUUGCACAGUUGCCUCGAGAGCGCGCUGUUAGCAUUUGUUAGCAUAUCUGUUUACUGCAAUAAAUCACUCCUGAUGGAUUAAAUCGUGUUGCAGAGUCUUUCGGUGAAGAGAUAUGGUGCAUCCACGAGGCUCGUCUGAGUGCUCCUGGGAAGCCCAAGCCCUUCAAGCUGUCUCAUGCACAGAUCACAACUCCGGAGUGGAAGAUGGAGACGAGAGAACCGACAGCCCUCCUUUCCCUGUGGAAAACGCCACCAUAUAUGUGGCUUUCAAAGGGAAUAUGACCGAUGAGGACUUUCAGAACAAGCUGGAUGCCAUCUUAAACAGAAUUCCAGAUAUGCUUUUGCUAGGUACCAAGAGACUUGAUCCCAAGCGGGUGGAGCCGUGGAACAGUGUGCGAGUAACUUUCAACAUCCCCAGAGAGGCUGCCGAGCGACUACGCCUCCUGGCCCAAAACAACCAGCAGCAGCUACGCGAUCUGGGAAUUCUCUCUGUGCAGAUUGAAGGUGAAGGAGCUAUUAAUGUUGCUUUUGGACAGAACAGAGGCCAAGAAAUAAGGGUCAAUGGACCCCUUGGUGCACCUGGUCAGAUGAGGAUGGAUGCUGGCUUCCCCAUGCAGCAGGCCCAGGCUGGAAUGCGAAUGAAUAACCCGUCGGUUUCUAUGAUGCCCCCUGCAGCAAACAUGGCUGCACAGGGUAUGGUACACAAUAGUGGUGGACACCCGAGAGCACCAAGACCACCUUCACAGACAGACUCAAUGGACCCCAUGCUCUCGGGGCUUGCCUUACAGCAACAACAUCUACAGCAUCAACAAGUAGCACAUGGUUCACUUAACACCAUGGGCCCACAGGGCCAUCACGCACAAGCCAUGCAAGCAAAUCGGCAGUUGAAUCCCGCAACCCUACAGCAACUUCAGCAACAACAACAGCACCAUCACCAGCAACACCAGCAGCAGCAGGUUCAGCUAGCUCAACUAGGUGGUGCACGUGGUCCGUUUAACCCCUCUAACCAGAUGCCUGUACCUCCUGGUUGGAACCAGUUGCCCUCUGGUGUUCUCCAGCCACCACCAGUCCAGGGUACCAUGGGACCCAGUUGGAGAAAAGCCCCAGCCCAGCCACAAAUGGGGCAGCGGCAGCCCUCCUUGGCAUCUGUUCAAACACCCAGUCAUCCACCACCACCAUAUCCAUUUGGCAGCCAGCAGGCCGGACAGGUGUUCAAUACAGUGGCACAGCACCAGUUGCAGCAGCAGGCAGGGGCAAACCAGUUUGCAGCCCCACAGCCCAAAGGUCCCCAGGGAGCAUCAGGGGUGGUCAGCUCAAGAGCACCUCCUCCCCUGCCUCCCUCCGCCGCUCCACAGGGGAAUCUUUCAGCUAAGUCUCCUGGUUCCUCGAGUUCCCCUUUCCAACAAGGCUCACCUGGAACUCCCCCAAUGAUGGGGCAGGGACAACUUGGUCCACGUCCGACAACCCCCCAGGGUUUCCCACAGGGUGUUGGAUCACCAGGAAGAGCUGUGAUGGGCCAGCAAGGAAACAUUCAGCCAGGCUUUAUGGGCAUUUCACAGCAUGGGCAAAUCUCACAAGGCUCAAUAGGAGGUAUGCCCAAACGAAUGCCCAUGGGGUUUCCAAAUGCUCCUGUAAAUCAGAACUUUGCUCAAGGGCAGGUUACUACUAGUGGAGCAGGUAGUACACCCCAGCUACAAAACAGCCAGAGCAUGACAAACACAGGUGGCCAGCCUUCAGCCUCGGCACCCAACCACAUGCAGCCCGGUCCUCUUCAGGUGGGUGGAAUGAGCCACCACACUGGCAUUCCAGCUCAACCCCCAGGCACCACUUUGGCCGGUAGUAUGGGACAUCCUCAGCAAGGUGUUCAGGCUCAGAUGUUGGGUGUGCAGUCCCAGCAUCAAACACAGGCAGUAGCUUCCUCUCAAAGUCAAAUGGCACAAAGCCAGACAGGGGGCCAGACUGUCUUGUCCAGGCCAGUGAACCAAGGCCAGCGAGGGAUGACCCCUCCUAAGCAAAUUGUGCCACCGCAGGGUCAAGGGAUAAUGCAAAACCAACUCAGUGGAGGACAGGGACAUCAGGCGCUAUUACUUCAACAGCAGCAGCAAAAUGCCAUGAUGGAACACAUGGUCGCCAAUCAGUUACAGAGUAACAAGCAGGCCUUUGGUGCCAAAAGUCAGGCCGGAGUCGUGCAAGGUCAAAUGAUGAGAGGCCCUUCACCAAAUAUACAAGGUAACCUGCCUCAGUUUCAAGCUCAGAUGACGCCGCAACAGCAGCAACAACAACAACAAAUGGUUCAUUUGCAGCAGCAGCAACAGUUGCAGCAACAGCAGCAGUUACAACAGCAGCAGCUACAAAUGCAGCGCCCACAACAGCAAAUGGUUCAAGCACAGUCUCAACAAAUUCCAAUGAAUGGCAACCCCAAUCAAGCACUAGGAAUGCAUGGUGCUCAAAUGCGACUUCCAGCCAAUCACCAUUUAGUACAACAACAUCUUCAGCAAAAGCAGCAGCAACAGCAGGUGAUGCUACAGCAGCAACAGGCUGGCCAGCAACAUGUACAUCAGCUAGGAGAUGGUGGUGUAAAUGCUGAUGUUGGCCAACAGAUGCUUCCGGACAUGCAGAAUCAGCAACAACAACAGGCUAUGCUUGGUGGCUCUCAACAUUUACAGGUGGGCAAUGGCCAUUUUCCUGGUCACGGAAUGUCAUUCAAUCCUCAGUUUGCUGCUCAGAUGCCCUGUGGCCAGGUGAGUGGGUUUCCGUUAAACAAGGAUGUAACGUUAACCAGUCCCCUAUUAGUUAACCUUCUCCAAAGUGAUAUUUCUGCGAGCCAGUUUGGGCCUGGUGGGAAACAAGGAACAGGUGGGGUUGCUGCUAACCAGGCCAAGCCUAAAAAGAAGAAACCUCCUCGUAAGAAAAAACCCAAGGCAGGCGAAGGUCAGCAGUCCGAAGGUCUUUGCGGUCUGGAUUCACUGCCUCCUGGAAUGGAGGAAGUGGAGAUGCAGGGGUUGACUAGUGAUCAAGGAGUUGGCAUUGAAUCCAACGCGAAAGUUUCUGAGUUUGCUAAUCGGCCUGGUCUGUCUGGUCAACCUGGAGAUCAAAGGGUAUUACAGCAAAUACCAUUGCAGUUUAUGCCCUCACAACAGCAGCAACAGAUGCAGCAAAUACAGCAGCAACAGAUGCAACAACAACAAAUCCAGCAGCAGAUGCAGAGUGUGCAAGGUCCUCUAGGUCAAGCUGGAGCAUCACAAGGACCUCAUCAUGUCCAGCCCCAGAUUCAUUCACAACAGUCAAUGCAGAUGCAACAGCAGCAGCCACAUACGCACCUCCAACAACAGCAGCAGCCGCAACAACAGCAGCAGCAGCAACAACAACAACAACAACAGCAGCAGGCACAGCAACAACAACAGCAGCAGGUACAGCAACAACAACAGCAGCAGGUACAGCAACAACAGCAGGCACACCAGCAGCAGGCACAGCAACAACAGCAGGCACACCAGCAGCAACAAAUGAUGAUGAUGCUUAAAAUGCAACAGGAAGCUAAGAAUCGAAUGCCACUACAACAGGGCGGCCACAUGUCGAAGGUUCUUGUUAAUCCCAAUGAUCCUGCUCAGAGAAUGCCUGUGUCACAGCAGGGCAACAUGCCUGUAAUGAUAGAUCUUCAAGGGCAUGGAGCUGUUCCACCUUCUCCAGAUAAAGCCAGGGGCAUGCCACUUAUGGUAAAUCCCCCUCUCCCUGGACCACAAAGAAGGACGCCCCUUUCAGAGGGUGGACAAUCAUCGUCAGGUUUGCAAAUGGAGGAAACCCCAGGAACACACAGUGUGCAGGACAGAGGACCUCUUGAAAUUGGUCUGCAGUCAGUAAAUGGAAAUCAACAAAUGAUUGCCAACCAAGGUGCAAAUACUCAUUUAAUGAAGUCCGUGCCAGGAGCAAGCCCUCAACAGCAGUCACAGCAGGUGGCACCAAUGAGUAGUUCGCAUAAUAUUCACUUUCCCAAUGCUCCUUCAAGUUCCCAAAGCUCCCGCCCCAAAACCCCUAACCGGGCCAGUCCCCGGCCUUAUCACCACCCUCUAACUCCAACCAACCGUCCACCUAGUACUGAACCCUCAGAGAUAAAUCUGUCCCCUGAACGACUGAAUGCUUCUAUUGCUGGUCUUUUCCCACCUAAAAUAAACAUUCCACUGCCACCACGGCAACCCAAUCUUAAUCGAGGCUUUGAUCAGCAGGGUUUAAACCCAACCACCCUUAAAGCUAUUGGCCAGGCUCCACCAAACCUAGGGACUCUUGCUGUCAACAGUAACUCUAGUGGCAACAAUAUUGGCACACAGUCUUAUCCAUCAGGUGCUGGCAUUGUAAGUUCUGGAGGAAAACAAGACAAACAACCUGGUGUUGGACAGGCGAAACGGGCUAGUCCCAGUAAUAGUCGGCGCUCCAGCCCAGCUUCAAAUAGAAAAGCUGCCACUCCAAGCCCAGGAAGACAAAAGGGUGCCAAAACCAUACUGACAUCCCCACCUCAUCAGCAGCAAAUGCUGGGUCUGCAGACUGUAAUGGUUAGUACCGCCUCAGCGCUCCCAACUACAUCUGUAUCUCUGCCCUCAGCAGGGCCUGGCGAGUCGCAGAAGAAUUUCAGACCUCUGCAAACCAUACCUGGUAGUGGCGAUCCAGUGAAAGAUGGGCAAACAGUGGCUCCUCGGCCAGAGCAACAUCAGGCCACUCAGUUAAGAGAGCAGGCUUCUCUGUCUAAACUUGCAAGCCCUCAGCUGCCGUCUCAGGAUCCAAAAAGCCAAGACCCUAACAGUUCGGUCGAACAACAUGUUGAUGAUAGGAACCAACCCCGAACAUCAGUGCAGCAGGAGCUUGGCACUGCUAUAUCACCAGGCUUUAGAGAUGCUCCAACAUCUCUCAAUCAACUGCUGGACCAUACAGGCACCCAAUCCUUGUCAGUAAAAUCUCCAAAUACUGAAAUACCAAAAAUAGGUAGAGAUUCUGUCCAGAAAGAGAGCCCACAUGCCUCAUUGGCCCAAGAGAGCCAAUCUAAUCCUGUCGUCUUGCAGAGCACAGAUAGUGGGCCUACAAGUGAAACGGAUCAGAAACCAAAAUUGGUCUCAGUAUCAAGCCCAAAUCUUGUCCCCAGUAGUGGUUCAAACCUGCAGCCUGUCAGUGCUGUGUCAAGUGUUGGUCCGAACCAAGCAGUGCUCUUAAGCCUCACCUCCAUUCCCAACACUACUGUAAAUUCAAAUGCCAACCUUAUGGCUAUGUCGAAUGCCUCUCAAUCAGUAUUGCAAAGACCCAUGUCGUCAGCUUCGACUCCACAAAAGCAGAUCACAGUCUUUGUGACAUCCAAUCCAAUUAGCUCCGCAACCAACACUGCUUCUGUAGUUCCACCAGCUAUUGUAUCCAAGGUGCUUGCAGUUCCCAAUAAAACCCCAAUAAGAUCUCCAGAUGUUCGGCAACAAAACCCUACCAACACACGGCAGCAAUUCAUCACAGGACCCGUGUAUUCGAUAAUUCAAGCUACGUCGAGUACCAAUGUCAUGUCUCAGCCUGUUACGAUGGUUGGUCCGUUAGUCUCUGCAAAUAUCCAGCUUGCUCCAAACCCAGUCUCAACUACAUCACCACUUUCAUCAACGGCUACGGCAACAAACUCACCAGCUGUCAGUGUACCUGCUAGUCAACAAUGCCGACCAGUCAUUGGUCAACUUCAAGUCCAAGCACUUUCAAGUCAGGCUUGCCCUUUAGGCAUAGUGUCACCAACUCGACAGCCUAGCCCAGGAGUUCUAAAACAGGAAUGCAUCUCUGGUGCUAAUGGCUCAAAACCUACUUCUGUUGGACAAUCUUCCUUACAGCCUAGCACGUCUGCACCCUUUCAGCAGCUUUUAGCCUCUCCACCGGCUUGCUCUAGCCCAGGGACUACAGCUGUUGCCCGCAGAAUUCCCCUGUCUCCAACAACAACAAUGUUAACCAGAGGCAGUCCAGUCCAGACCGUUGUAGCCAGAAAUACUGUACCCAUCAUCUCUUCAAGCAAUGAUGAUGGACAAAAAGAGCAAAGCCCAGUCAGCCAAUCGGGAAAAUCUGUUGAAGUCCCCACAUCUCUGGCUUCUGAAAUGGUCUCUUUGCUUCAGCCAUCUGUUCCAAUGACCCUUUCAAAUGUUCAGGUCGCAUGUCAGCUGUCUGCACUACCUCCAAAGGUUUCUACACCUGAAAUCCUGACCGCUCUGAGCCCUAACACUUCUACAACCACAUCUAAUAUGCCACCCCCAACCUCUACCUCUGUCGUGCUUCAUCUGUCUAGUCAUGUUAGUAAUUCUUCACCACCCCCUAGUUUGCCUGGCACUGCUCCAGGAACUCCCACUACCGCUUCUAGCUCUUCCACGGAAACAUCUCAUCAACUCACGGGGGAACAGCAGACUUCUUCACUGAUGGAGGCUAGUGGAUCUGACUUGGUUAAAACAAGUGAAGCAGUUGUUGCUCCAAACAUUUCGGCUCAUGCUGAUGCUGCACAAGAUGACCAACCUUCACGUGACCAAGCUGGACAAGGAAUUAGCACAGGAGCAGAACAAGGAUGGGCAAAGAAAAGAAAGACGCCCGUCAACUUAGCCCCAAGGGAUACAAGGGCCACUACUGAAAAAGCAAAAGGCCCUAGUCGACGUAGUUCACGGACGGACAAGGAACCCGAAGAGGAUGCAUCCGACAAUAGCCAGAGAAAAAGGACUGCUAGGCCUGGGUCAGCCUCGUCGAACAUAGGAAAAGGUGCAAAUUCUGUAAUGGAGACAGAGGAACAGGCUGUAGAGUUUGUGGGUCGUCUUAUCUACUCGUGUCUGGACUGGGGUCUGGAGAUGCAGGUUGAGCGCGAAUUGAACGAGUCGUUGGAGAUCCUGGUGUGUCAGAUGACCAAAGUGAAUCUCCGCUAUUGUGACUCAAAGCCCAUGUAUACUGUCUCUAAUGUCAUCCAGGUCUGUAAGCACCGGCUGUAUGAUCCCGGUCAGGCCGCGCAGCAUUAUAAGAACACGUGUUCCAUUCUCUUCUUGGACACCAUUGAGUUGUGCCAUUAUCUGCAGAUGGUUCAACAAUCUAGGAAGAGUCUACAGAAACUAACCAUUGAAUCGGAGCCCAACUUUAUUGCAAGAGUGACCACAAAUUUGGUAUCUGGAUGGAAGGAUCUGGUGGAUGAGUUGAGCAGGGGUGUAAUGCUGCGGCCAUUGACAAAGCGUGUGAACGUAACUAAAAGUCCCCCGCCAGUGGAGACCGCUCCGUUCGACCAGCUUCUGCUGGACAUCCAGCAUAAGCGAUACACGCUGCGUAAAGUUCAGAGUGUUGUUAAUGGCCAAAGAAAGCAAGACCCUCACCAGACACUUCUAGAAUUCAUCCGCUCACGGCCCAAACUACGACCGGCCUCUGAGCGUAAGAUAGAAAUGAAGCCCAAAGAGCAAACCUGUCUGCAUGAGCUGCUUAUGCAGGAGAUUCGCUCUCCCGACCAUUGGAAACGUCUGGCACACAACAGAGCUCUACCCUCGAACAGCUUGACUGUUAAUGAAGAAAAUGAAGAUACUUUUCAUCUGAAGCCAACUGAACAGAGGAAGCAUUGGGAUGAAGCUCCUCAUAGACAAGAUACAGACUUUACAGACUUAAAAGUCUGCACUGGAAAGCGUCGGACCAAAUCUUUUGCCAGCAACAGAGAUCUCUUCAAAGUGGUUAAGGGGAGUAAAAAGGGGGCAGUUCUCACAACUAUUGUUGACGUCAAGAAAAUGCACAGUUCUUACAAAGGAGACGUGAAAAACAUGAUGUGUGAGCGAUACAGUGACUGGCGGGUUUGUUCUUGUUGUGCGUCAAGAAGCUUGUAUUUCACGUGGCAUAAAGUCUGCUCUCUGUGUAGUAGGGUUAUAUGUCCUGCGUGUUGUGUGGAGAUGAGUCUGCCCUCCAAGUGGUGCGUAAAUCUUCCACUCAGCUUCUUUAAGCAAAUUGUGAUGAAGGAUGGUGAGCAAAGCCAGAGAAAUUUCUGGACUGAACGCUGGUCCUGGGAUUCAGCCUGGAUCCCUCUGGUUCUGGUGUCCUGCGGGCUGAGGUCGACGUCUGUUCACAGCAUGGCUAUGCGCAACUGGUACAGUCAGGACAUCUGUGUGUGCUGCCAGACGCUUUUAUUGGAGACAUGUGACUCUGUGCUGUCCAGCUGCCCCAUCAAAGACUCUCAAGAGAUAUGAUGCAUGUGAUUUUUGUAUUUCCCAGCACUCCUUUUACAGUUUGUGCUCCUUUAUCUGUGUGUCGGCAGUGUUUGUUUUCUUUUUUUAAUGUUCAAUGUUAAUGUUCAUGGUUCACGGUGUGGUACUAUGUUGUUUCGAAAUGUUUUCAUUUUUCACUGUUCUGCAAAUCAGUUUUAAGAUUUUAAAUUAUAAACAAAUAAAUAUGCUUAACAUUUUGAUGAAAACUGUGUACAUUAUUUUUAGCCUACACAAAGCUGAUCUAGUGGCCACAUUUCACUCCAGUGAUCAUUUCAGGUAAGGCAUGCAAAGGUUCUUUGUGAAUACCAGUUCAGGUGUAUCAAUGACCACGUUUACAUGGACGUCAGUAAUCAAAUUAUUUGCCUUAUUCUGAGUAAACUAAUAUUAGGAUUAAGGUGUUUACAUGAGUUGCUUUAAGAAUAUACCUUUCAUGUUGCCGUUUUACAUGUUACACUACAUAGUUCGAUUAGUGGCAUACGUCAUUACGUCCCUAAGCGACGCCGUUCGCUGUUCUCUCCAUAAUUUCAUGCCUCAACAAACAGUUCGUCUUCGCCAUGGUACCACUU